AUAUGGGCACGACUGUGCGUCGCGUUUUAAUACUAACAUUUGCCACACUCGAUUCUAUCGUUCGGUGGCCUAACUAGUAGGCAGAACCUAUACGCCGAUCGUGCAAGGGCGUGGGCGCCACACCAGCUACAGUGAUUUUAUUAUAUUAUAAGAUCCGCGAGUCACAACCCAUUUUAUUUAUUCGUUUUCCAAUAUUGAUAUUGAUAAACACUAGUUUUGUACAAGUGUAAAGUUAGACCGAUUAUUAAUUAACCGUGUUCACAUAUCUAUCCGUGUACCACAUGAUGAAAUUAAAUAAAUUUAAAUUACACUUAUAUAUUUAAAUUAUUCAAAAUAUAAGUACCUAUAUUACGAGUUACGACCCCCGACCAGCUAGCGUCCGAAAACUAUGGUGAUAACUUCGGAUGUGUCGCCUGCAGUGGAUCUGAAGGAACAACAGCAACUGAUUUUUGGGAGAACACUCCGUGUUUCCGUUCCCAAUGCUCAUGUCGAUAUUAUACAAAGCGUCCAUGAUUCCUUAGGGGAAAUUCGUCUACAGCUACAGUACGGCGCGUGGAAAAUCGAGUCGUUGCGGUGCGCUCGCAGUUCCUACCUUCGACCUUCCUGUAACUACAAUAAUAUAAUAAUAUAACAUAGAUCUGUUCGUUAGCGUACAUCGGAUUUGGGGCGCAACAGUCUUCCGUCGAAAAGCGUGCACGCGCGUCGCGUCGUUCCUCUGUACAAUAUUUCCAUUUACUGGGCACAUACAUACAUAGGCGGUGCACAUCAUAUCGAGAUCGAUCAUUAUACAACUAAACGGGCACGCAAUAAGUAUAUUUAUACUACAGCCAUCGCGCCAGUUCCUAUAAUAUAAUAUACAUAAAAAUGUCAGUUGGCGACUUGAAUUUUACGACGGCAAAGCCGUUAGACGUCAACAGGUAUGCGACCAAAAAGACCAUUGCUCAGGGGAUGUUGGAUAUUGCUUUGUUGACGGCCAACGCAAACCAAUUGAAAUACAUUCUCCAAGUGGGCGAAAAACACGAAUUUUACAAACCUCUGUUGGUAUUGAUUGCUACAUCUAUAUUUUUACAAGUGUUCAUGGGAAUGAUAUUUCUAUCACUAAACCUGCUUCGGGACUGUCGUUUUCAUUUGAUCGAGUAUAAGACGUCAUCGCUGUUCAUCAACCAAGUGCCGGUCGUGUGUACGUUUAUGGUGUUCACAAUCAACAUAAUAAUAGGAGCUUUCGAUUCCGGACUAGCCAGCAUCGUACCUACAUCAACAUUCAACGCUCCGGCCGUCCCGCCCAUCAAUUCCAAUUGACAAAUUAUGUAUACACACCUACCGAUUAUAAAAAAUAACAAUCAACGUACCUACACCAAUACAGACUAUUAUAUUACUGCGGUUGAACUAUAUAUGUAGUUAACUACCAAACGUUAUUAUAAUUUAAUGUAAUUAAAUAUACGCACACAACUCGUUGUGCAAAAAAAAACAUAACUCGAUUACGCAAUUAUAUUUUGACAAGGUACCCGUGACAAAAACCCCUCGAAUUAAAACGCAUUUGCGUACACAUUUUCCUUUUUACUAUAACGAGCCAAUAGGACUGCCUGCUUCAAACAGACGUGAUUAAAAACAUAAGUCUAUAAUGAUUUACGUGUAACACACUAGGUAUAGUCACCACUAUAUUGAACCAUACUACUGAAACUGUACUUAUAAGUACCUAUAAGUAGGUACGGAAAAUCCAAAAUGAUAAAAUUUACGCAAAUGAUUGUUUGAUAUAUUUAAUGUAUAGGAUUAUAUUGAUAGACAGGUAUCAAAUAGUAGCCGGGAGGAAGUAAUGCGAAAGCAGUCCCCUCCCGGUCGUCGAUUCAACCAGCAAAAAAAAAAAAAGGUAUCAAAUAGUUAAUAAUUUUUAUAUACUGCAAUCUGUGACGAUAUUUACGUAUGUGUCAUUGUACGCAAACGAGUUGCAGGGAAAGGAAUUAAGGGUAGAUCACUGGUCGAUAUAGGUAUACGUCAUGUUUAACGUCGACAUGAGAUACUGUAUAAUAUAUGAGUAUUACUUAUUAGAAUUUAGGGAGCAUAUAAAUACAGAUCGAAAAAUAACCAGGCUAUAUGAUAUAGUAUACUAUGUGUUCUGUUCUAAAUAUAGGUGCUCGUUGGUGGGAUAUUCUUGGUUGUUGGAGGGCUGGACAUAAAGAAAGAAAAAGACCAACGAAAGUGUUUGAUUUUAAACGACGUUUCCGUCAUCAUGGUUUUCCUGAUAACUACGAUCAAUGUAACCAUAUCAGGUUUUGGAUUUGACGUUAGUUCUUCGCCUACUAAUACAAAUUUGAAAAAACAGACAUAACAAAAAUCAGUUGUACCUCAUUCACUUUUUCACCUUCCAAAUUUUAAGUAAAAUAUCUAUUAAUACUUAUAAUAUCAUUGUACGUUUAAAAAAUACAACAUAUUUUGAUGUAAAUAAA